AUGGGCUUCAAAGUGAUAACUCAGGAUCAGCGCGCGCACGUGGACCAGGUGUGUGUGUGCGUGCACGCGCGCACGCGAUCACUCUGCUCGCUGGGCCCAACAGCUUUGAUCAUCCGUCACCAGCCACUGAACCAAUCAGAAGACACGUCACUAUCUUUAAAGGAAGUCCAAGAUGACGCCGAUGAUAAUGACACAAAAGAGGAAGCGCCCAAGAAGCAGGUUGAGUCCCCACUACCUCCCGAAGUGUUUGCCUUUAUUGCGCUUAUCAGUGACGUGUGGGGCAUGGAACGGCAGAUGCGUGAAAUGAAUCACGACGCUCGUCGUGCGCCCCUAGGGAAGUUGACUCAGUCCCAAAUGAAAGCAGGCUGCUACCAGGCGCCAAAGGACGUCUCGGACCGCCUAGAGGAACUGAAGAAACUGACGACGACUGACUUGACGACCACAACAGGAAAGAAAACAGGAAACGUCAAGCGGAAGUCAUCAGAUGCUUCACUGAAACGCGCUAUUCAAAACCGCCUGCUUCGGGCAUGCAACAACUUCUACACCCGGAUUCCGUACGACUUCGGGUAA